AUGUUCCUCCGCAGGCUACUGCCCAUCCUCGUCGCCGUCAGUCUCGCCGGAACGCUGCUACUCUUCAUCUCACUGCAGAACAGCACGUGGAGACAUCUACCGGAAGCCAUUGGACUUGGCGAGAAAUAUGGUCCAGAGCCGGCGGAGGGGCUUCACUCUCCAGAAGAGUUAAGAGUUGGAAAGGCGGACUUCAAGGAGCCCAAGAUCGACUCAACAAGUCACUAUCCAAUAGGGCAAACGAAGCCAGUUGGGAGUAAUUACACAAAAUGCUUGGUGCUGCCAAAGCUCAUGGUUGAAGACACAACGUGGGUGGAAAGUGAGCUGGGGGAUCUCCUCGCGGAUGGAAGCCUGACAACGGCGAUAUAUACGGUCGACGACCGUCAUGCUACAUUGCAUCCACCGAAGAAUAAGGGCCACGAGGUGAUGGUGUAUCUUUCCUACAUCAUCGACUACUACGAUCAUCUGGCGGAUACAAACAUCUUCAUGCACUCACAUCAAAAGGCAUGGCACAACAACGAGCUGCUGGAUCGAGAUGCCGCCAAGAUGGUGCGCCGCCUCAGCCCGGAGAGGGUUGCGAGAGAAGGCUACAUGAAUCUGCGUUGUCAUUGGGAUCCCGGCUGUCCAGCGUGGCUCCACCCCGGCAGCGUUGUGGAAAAUGAAGACAAGCAGGAGGAGGUAUUGAUUGCAGAAUGCUGGACACAACUUUUCCCCUACGAGCCCGUUCCCACUGUGCUUUCGCAGCCCUGCUGCGCGCAAUUUGCAGUCUCGGGUGAGAGAAUCAGGGAGCUGCCGAAGCAGCGAUAUGUGUUCAUACGGGACUGGUUGAUCCGGACCGAGWUCGACGAUUACCUCUCGGGGAGAGUCUUCGAGUAUGUGUGGCAGUAUAUCUUCACCGCCGCACCUAUCCACUGUCCGAGCAUGAGCGCAUGCUAUUGCGAUGGAUACGGGAUCUGCUUUGGCUCUGCUGCAAACUUUGAUAAGUGGUUUGAGAUGCGAUUUGAUAUGAAUGAAAUGAAGGAGGAGUUGAGGAUAUGGCAGGACAAGGCGGGUCUGAUUGAAUUGGCGUCGGAGCGUGCGAAGAAUGGAAAAUUCGCGGACGAUGCGAUAUUGGAUGUUCCGGAGUUCGGAAGGGACCGAUACUUGAAGAAGCGAAUCAAGGAGCUGCAGGAGGCGCUGGACAACAGGCUGGAGAAGRCUGUUGAGUUAGGCAAGGAUCCGAAGCAGAGGGCGUUGGAGUCUGGGAGAGAGUGGAGGGACGGCGAUGGAUAUUGA